ACUUCCUGAAAUCCAUAUAACUUCCGCUACAUUUACAUUCCGGAUAAAUCUUGAAAUGCAAUCAAACAAACAUUCAACUGAUGUCCUUGCCUAAUUGUAAAGGAAAUUUGAUAAAAUGCACGUAUUAUUAACCAGUUUUAAAGUAAGUGUUUCAUUCAACUCUGUUAUUAGUAUAUAUUUCGUAUUGCAACAAAGUUAUUAUGCUUUAAGAUUUAACUAAAUUCUUUGUGAAUUGGAAUUGUUGAUAUGUCUAUCCAGAUUGAAAUGUCACAGUUCAGAAUAGUCACAUUUUUCUUUUGACUGAAUAAACGCUAACCUUCAAAAUGCUGUCAAGAAUUAGUAAUAUAACAAGAUCAGAUGGUGGCUAUGAGGAUCUUCAUGGAGUUUCCCUUAGUGAUCCAACAUCUAGUGAGAGUUCAAAUAAUACUCCAACUGGUACGCCAGCAAAUAACUUAGCAGAAGACACAUAUAGAGUAGAUGAAGCAGUAGAUCAGCUGGGUUUUGGAAAAUUUCAGGUUAAAUUAUCUUUUUUAACUGGAAUGGCAUGGAUGUCAGAUGCAAUGGAGAUGAUGAUACUUAGUAUGUUAGCGCCAGCCUUACAUUGUGCUUGGGGGAUUCCAUCUUGGCAGCAAGCUAUGCUAACGACUGUUGUGUUCGGAGGAAUGAUGGUCUCGUCUGGAGCUUGGGGAAGUGUUUGCGACAAGCUCGGUCGAAAAGUAGCUUUAAUAAUCUCGUCUGCUUUUACGGCUUAUUAUGGGAUAUUAUCUGCCGCAUCACCAAAUAUAAUUUGGAUUCUUAUUUUAAGAGCUCUAGUUGGAUUUGGUAUAGGAGGUGCUCCACAAUCUGUAACUCUCUAUGCUGAAUUCUUGCCAAGCAGUGCGAGAGCAAGAUGCGUAGUUCUAAUCGAAGUGUUUUGGGCCAUUGGAUCAUGUUUUGAAGUGAUCCUUGCACUUCUUAUAAUGCCUACUUUGGGUUGGAGGUGGCUGCUGGUACUCAGUUCAAUCCCCUUGGUAAUUUUUUGUUUUUUAUGCUUUUGGUUACCUGAGAGUCCAAGAUUUGACAUGGCGAGGGGACGCAUCCAUGCGGCUCAAAAAACUCUAGAGAAAAUUGCUAAAGAAAAUAACAAGUCUAUGCCUCUUGGAAAAUUAGCCUCAGAAAAUGUUACUUCUAGUGGCAAACCUAAAAGAGGCCGUAUUCAAGAUCUUUUUUCUCCCGAACUUCGUUUAACUACUUUCUUAUUAUGGAUCAUUUGGUUGGCAAAUGCUUUUAGUUAUUACGGAAUAGUUCUAGUCACUACUCAGCUUUUUGAGGCUUCUGGAUCAAGCACUUGUUCAAGCGUAUCGAAGAACGUAGAUAAAGUUGAUGAACCUCCCUGUUUGUUAGAUUGUAAAAUGCUGACAACUAGAGAUUAUGUUGAUCUUUUAUGGACCACGUUAGCUGAAUUUCCCGGGAUUCUUGUAACUUUACUAAUCAUAGAAUGGAUUGGCCGAAGAAAAACCAUGAUAAUCGAAAUGGUAGCUUUUUCGUUUUUCGUCCUAUUAGUGAACAUUUGCGCAUCGAGAGGUGUUUUAACUUUCCUUCUAUUUACUGCUCGGGGUUUCAUCACUGGAGCUUUCCAAGCAGCUUAUGUAUACACUCCAGAAGUGUACCCAACAACAACUAGAGCAUUGGGGUUAGGAACUUGUAGUGGAAUGGCUAGAAUUGGAGCAAUUGUGACGCCCUUUGUCGCCCAAGUCUUAUUAAAGAAAUCUAUUCAUGUCGCAAUUUCUAUUUAUGGUGCUGUUGGAGUAUUAGCAGCAGUUGCCACAUUUUUUUUACCAAUAGAGACAAUGGGCAGAAUCAUGAAAGACUCUGCAGAUUAG